AUGAGAACCCCCAGGUCUGGAGGAAACAAGAAAACUCCUCCAGCCAAGAAGGCCACUUCCAACGCCGCAGCAUCUUCGGGAAGCACUCCGGAGAUGGUGCCAGGACCGGAAACGAAAACCACGCCGCCCAAGCCUGGUUCCGGAACUAGAGGAGCGAGAAACACGGGGAAAAGGUCCAACCGUAAAGCAGCCACGGUCUACUCUGGCGCUUCUUCCGCGACAAGUGAUCCGCCUCUUCCUGCGGCUGCACCAGAAGUAGUGCUUGUCUCGGACAUGAAGCCCGAGCAGAAAGGUAGUCCUACGAUCGCUGAGAAGGGGUAAGAGUCACCGUUCUAAUCGCUGGUUCGGUCUUUGUAUUGAUUAAACCCCUUUUUGGUGUCAUAUUUUUUCAUAGAAGAAGAAGCAGCUGUGUUGGGGGAUUUGAAUACGGCGCCCACUUCCACAUCUCCGGAGAAGAAGCCGGCAGCAGCAAAGAAGUCGUCCCCGUCUUUAGUUAAGGCAAAGACAUCCACGAUGGAACUGCAGGGUGUCAAGAAUGAAUCAGUGCCAAAGACUGGCGAAACGGAAACACCUGUUCGAACGGAAGUCGAUGAACAGGGGAGACCCCUUGUUGGGAAGAAACCUGAGAUGGAACAAAAAACUGUUAUCCCUGAUGAAGAACCAGAGAAACCUUCUGUUGAGGAGAAAGGAGAGGAACCAGUGGAUGAAAUGAAGAGAGAGGAAGGCGACAGCAUAGCAGAUUCUUAUGAGUCAAAGAGUGGGCUCAUCGUAAAUCUCAAGAAGGAAGAAGAAUCCAGUAUGAAGGCUGUGGUAACUGAAGAUGAAGACCGCACUAUGGAAGAAUACGUGGGCCAAGAGGGAGUUGACGUACCUGGGGACGAGGAAACAACAGCUGAGGAGAAGGAAAACGAAAUUGUGGGGGAAGCAGAGCAAGCAGGUAGAUUGGGUGAGGAUGAGCAGGUUGAGAUGUUGGAUAUAAUCAAGGAGAGGAAAAAGAAAAAGGAGCAAGAGAUAUUUGUCGGUGGUUUGGAUCGUGAUGCUACAGAAGAGGAUGUGAGGAAGGUAUUUGAGAAGAUUGGGGUUGUGGAGGAUAUUCGGCUUCACAAGGACUUCACGACCAACAAGAACAAGGGUUUCGCCUUUGUGAAGUUUGCAGAUAAAGAGCAGGCCAACAGGGCUAUACUAGAGUUGAAAAACCCCAUUGUAAGUUGGUCAGUUUUUCAGCGUGCAUUCCCCAAGCCAUCCCUAAAACAAAGAAAGAAGAAAAGAAAAGUUGGAACUAUAUAAAAAACUCCUUUUUUCCCGUUUGUGAUGUCUGUGGUCUCUCUUUUCCCACAACCUGGUUUAAUGGUUUAUUGAACCAUUUGAUUUGAGAAAGACACAUUGCUUUAGAUUUAUCUUCUGUUUACUUUUCCUAAACAUUCUGCAUUCUGCAGUAAAAUAAUUCGGUAAUCUCCUGAUUAUCUACUCAUGAUCGGCGAUUUUUUUUUACUUACCAUUUGAUAUUUUUCAAAAAAAAUUAUUUUCAAUAUCGUGAAUGUGGUGUACCAUGAACAUCUGGUGAUUUUCUUGCCAAUUAUGUUACUUUACACAGAUUCAUGUUCUUUAUUUUUCCCUGUGCCAUUCCUGAUUCAGCCAUAUAUUGUACUCGCUGCUUCUAUAUUAUCUACUGCCAGGUUUGAUAAAAAGCUAAUAUUUUUGUUGAAUAUUGGUGUAAUAUUCCCAAAUUCUUCUUUUUGUUUCCAGAUUAAUGGAAAGAGGUGUGGUAUUGCGCGUAGCGAGGAUAACGACACAUUGUUUUUGGGUAACAUAUGCAAUACAUGGACAAAGGAGGCUGUAUGGUUUUAUCUUUCGUAUCCCACACUCCCAAAGAAAAAUCGAUUUUAUGUGACUUAUCUAUGAAUUUCGAUUUAUUUUGAUUUCAGAUCAAGCAGAGGCUAAAGGAUUAUGGUGUUGAAGGAGUUGAGAACAUUACUCUUGUUGGUGAUACCCAAAAUGAGGGGUUGAGUCGGGGUUUUGCUUUUGUGGAAUUUUCAUGCCAUGAAUAUGCAAUGAAUGCCUACAAACGUCUCCAAAAGCCGGAUGUUGUUUUUGGCCAUGCUGAAUGGACUGCAAAGGUGGCUUUUGCCGAACCAUUACGUGAGCCAGAUCCAGAAGUAAUGGCCCAGGUCUGUAGAGAUUUUGUUAUUGUUUUCUUUUCUUCUGGAAUUACAUAUUUUGCCCAGAGGGAUCAUGUUCUCUAUGCUUAAUGUAGGUUAAAUCUGUUUUCGUGGAUGGGAUGCCUCCAUUUUGGGACGAGGAUCGUGUAAAAGAGCACUUUAAAGACUACGGGGAGAUUGAGGGUAUUGUGCUGGCCCGUAAUAUGCCAACUGCCAAGAGGAUGGAUUUUGGUUUCGUGAACUAUACAACUCAUGAAGCUGCUGUUGCUUGUGCUGAAGCUGUAAAUAAUACAGAACUAGGUGAUGGCAAAUCAAAGGUAACACAUCAUUUUGAUCAGUUGAAUUGUUGCGAGUUCCUACUUGUAGGUAAACUUGUUGUAGCCGUUCCUGUUUCUCUACCACAAUGAAUGUCUCGAUGAAGGUGAAAUGGUGAUGUAAUCUUAUUUUGCAAAGAACUACUUGUUAGUAUGAGGAGAAGAACUUGAUGUGUUUAUUCAAAGCACCCACCAAACUGAGAUUCACCACUUCUAUGCUUGCAAACUAGUUGGAUAGAAAAUCAACUGAUACCAAUUACAAAAUUGGUCCACUCCCAUCAGUUAAAACUCAUAAUUGUCCUUGCUCGUCAAAUAUUUGGCACUUUCUUUUGUAGCAUUGGUGCUUGCAAAUCCCAUCUUCCCACGAGAUAUUACAAAGUCAUAGCUGACAACAGUGCAUUGGUUCUGGGCUCAGCCUUUGGUGGUUGGGACAAACCUCCAUUGAAAAAAGCGUCCCAUAGUCGUAUCAUUGGUGGUUCUGGAGGCGUCGUAAUGAUGACUUUCUCUGCAUGCCUAUCUUAUAUGAUUACUGUUGAAGAAUUUAUAGAUCUUCGUCGAAAAGUGUUGAUAUAUGAUGAUGAGGGUGAUUUUUUUUUUUCUAUUGAUGGUUAUCUAAGGUUAAGUUUAUAUGCAGUCAUUUGUAAAGAUUUACAAUGAACGGGGACCCAAAAUCUGUCAAAAAAUGGAAAAGGAUCUCCCUUACAAAAAGAAAAAUCUUGAUAUGACACGUGAUAGAAUGAACAAGCUUAGAAUGAAUAUCAAUGCCAAGUAUAUACUUUGUAAGAGUAGGAGAGAUACCGUCAUUGUUAUCUUAGUUGUUGAGUAUGGCAUUAUUGAUAUUAUUCUGAAAUUCUGGUCCAGAACCACUGUGGUCAAGUUUUGAAGCAGUCCUUGUUCUAAUGUAAUAAUAGAAGGCAGUUUCCCGUCAUUCUGUCCUUAACUUGGAAGGGAAUGUCGAACGUCAUUCCUCCUGUAUUGCUAUGGGACGUUUGGUGGGAGAGAGAGCUCGAAAAAUUUCAAGGUGUCUUUAAGGAGAUUGAAGAAUCGUCGUCUGAGCUGUUUAAUCGAUCAAAGACUGAUGUGUUGAAAGGAAAUGUUGAACGGUAUUACUUCCUGCGCUACUAUGGGUCAUUUGGCCGUGAGAGAGAGCUCGAAAAUUUUCAAGAUACUUUAAGGGGAUUGAAGAUUGUCGGCUGAGCUGUUGAAGUGUUGUAAACUUCAAGAGGCUCUUCGCAGAAGUCAGUGCUUUCAGAAUCUCUAUUGGGGGAAAGUUUAUUUAAUUUAGUGUUUUCAUUCCUUAAAAUAGCUGUCCUUCAUAAUUGUAAUCUAAGUUACUUGCUAGUUUACCAACCGAGUCCCCUUUCUUAUCAAUGCAUCUGGCCUUUGGGUGGGAAUUUAGAUCAUCUUUUCUUCCUCUCUUUGAUAUUUUGUGGAUGAUCAUUACUCAUUUCAAAGCAAAAACUAUUUUUGUCAUCCUUUUUGAGUAUCCUCAUUUUACAUGAACAAUUGAUGGUGAGCUUCUGGUUUCCUUUCAUUGUCUAAUAUCUUGUGCUUUAAUCAUGGUAUAAUUUUAAAUGCAUAAUCCUUGAAGAAUGGAAAGUACACGAUAUUUUGUUUCUUUUCAAUUACCAUGUAAUUUGUGCUUCAUUUGUUGCAUAAUGGCACCAGAUGAAGGUACGAGCUAGGCUUGCCAAUCCACUGCCUAAAACUCAGGCUGUGAAAGGUGGAAUGCGUGGUGGAUUCCGAAUUGGGCAUGCUGGAAUGGGUGGUUUCUCAAGGUUUGGUAAGUCUAUCCAUCUGAGGUGCUUACAUGUUUCUAUGUGUACCGUACACCUUUACGAUUUUCUCUUCUUUUUUCCCAGCAGGUAGAGGAUAUGGCAGGGGGAGGGUUCCCUUUGCCCGAGGAGGGUUCCAAGGUGGCCGAGGGUUCCACAUUCGUGGACAUGGCCGAGGUGGAAGAUUUCCCUUCUUUGCCGAAGGCAACAUGGACAACUCCCAUUUCAGGUUCCGCGGUCGGCAGCCAUUUGGAGCGCGAGGUCCAACUUUACUUGGACUUAGAAAUCUCAGUUUUAACGAGUGAUCUUUUUUUAGUUCAUGGAAAUUGAAUAAGUGACGAGAUAUUCAUGCAUUCUGAUCAGGUUUUCUUCUUUUCUUCUUCUUCUCACGUUUUUUGUUGGUAAACAGGUGGACGAGGAUCUUUCAGGGGGGACUAUGAAGGAGUAAAUGAAGAAUUUCCUCCAAGGCUCGAUACCAGCAGGUCUAGGCAUGGGGGUUUUGUAAGAGGCCGUGGCAGGCCCCUUCAUCUGAGAGGGGAGCCAUUUUCUUUUGAUGGUGAUUUUGGCGGGCCUUCUGAUGGUGGACACUAUGCUGAAGAUCCGUACUAUUAUGGUGAUGUUGGCCAUGGUGUCAAAAGACCAUUCUCUAUGAUUGUAAGAUUCAUAGACGUGCCACUGAAGUUAUGUCUUUCUCAAUGAUUAUUUUCAUAUUUUUAUCGGUUAAAGAUGUGUGGUACUGGAUCAGGAUGAGUCUAGGUUCUUGGAGCCUGGGAGCAGGGUACGUCCUCGCUACAAUCCUGCUGAUCCGUUGGCUGGUGAAGCUCGUUAUCAAGGUUUGGACCUGGAACUUCUAUAAACAUUGUGCAUAGCUGAAAUGUUCAUUUAAUUACCAUCCCGGAUGUUUAGUGGCCGUCUCUCAGGCACAAUAGAUUCUCAGACGCCUAGAUUAUUGAUGACUUUCCUUAGUUCAAUUUUUUGUUAGCAAUGUUAAUUGAUGAUGCUUUUACAUUGUAACUAUGGUUCAAACUUUUAAUUGUCUAUCAUUUCGUGUUUAGGUCAUAGGAUAUUUUUGCCUUCAUUACUAAUUGGCCUUAAUUUUUUAAUUGAACUUUUUUUCUUUACAAUCCAAACACAGUGAUGCUUAGAAUUUGCAUCAAUGCAUCAGAGCAUUAGUCAGCACGAAACGGAUAUAUCAAGCGUAUAUAUUUAAAUUUAGAGUAUAGGAACGAAAUAGAUAGAGGGAAGAUUGUGAUGUGAGGCAGCUAGCGAUCUGUGUUUUUGGUUUCUAGGCUCUGCUAGUUAAUAAUGCUCACUUUGCUCUGACUGUGUUUUUAUUACUUCCAUUAUUUUCUUCUACUAAGUCCUUCCAUGAACUGUAUUUUCUCUUUUUUUUUGUAGAUCGUAUGCGAGGUUCUGGCAGUAUGUAUUCUCAUGACUACUAUGGUUCAGAUGUAAGUAAAUGAAUUUGAUUAUCUUUGCAUGUUGUCACCUAGGUUCUAAUGUACUUUAUCGCUGUAUCUCUCGCAGUAUGGGGGUUCAGGAUAUUCAUCUCUAUAUGGAGGUGAAGGUUCUGGAAGCAGAUAUUAUUAUUAG